GGCACAGGGAGCGAGGGAUGGAGCGAGGGCGGUGAAGGAGCCAGUGCCAGAGAGGGAGCCUGCAGCAGGGAGAGGCGGGGAAGGACCGCUCAUCCCCCCUGGGUACCGCAGCCCCCCAGCCAGAGGGGCAGGGAAACCCACCCCCAGGGCAGAGGGCUCUGCGGAGGGCAGGGACCCAGUGGGUGCUGAGCAGAGCCUGCAGCCCCUGUGUCAUCCUCCUCCUCCAGGUGCCUGCUGAGGGACCAUGCCGGGCCUGUAUGCCCUCUCCUCCUGGGAAGCUCUGCCCCUGAAGAGCUCCAGGGUGAAGGCUUGUGCCAACGGGUAUUCCCUGAGCAUCACCGCUCACCUCGUGUACACCAACCCCCACGAGGAGCCCGUGGAAGGCAUCUUCAUCUACCCGCUGGAGGAGUCGGAGGUGGUGGCCGGUUUCGAGGCAGCAGCGGGCAGCCGGCGGGUGACGUUCCAGGUCCAGAACCGGCACCGGGCGCAGAACUGCUGCCUCCAGUGCGGCCCCAGCCCUGGCCGGCCGCGGCGCUGUGCCGGUGGCCACCUCGUCCUGGACGAAGAUGCGGAGCGCUCCACCUUCGUCAUCGUCACAGGCGUGCUGUGCCCAGCGGAGAGCCUGGCUGUCACCCUGAGCACGGCGCAGGAGCUGGCCACGCUGCCGGACGGGGCCCUGCGUCUCCUCCUCCCCCCCGUCCUCAUGCCCUGCAUCCCCACCGUCCCCGAGAGCGAGCCGGCAAGCUUGUGUGACGACAGCCCCACCAGCUGUUUUGGGGGGCCGGGUGCCCGGAGCCAGCCAUCCCCCGCAGCGCCUGUGGAGAGCAUGGACGUCUUUCGGGGACGACCCUGCAACCCUUUUCCUUACGAGUUUGCCUUCGAGCUGCUGGUGAAGGGCCCCUGCUUGCUGGCAGGGCUGGAGAGCCCGUCCCAUGCCCUGCGAGCCGACGCCGACCCCUGGGCCAGCUCUGCCACCACCACCUGCGUCACCCUGGCCGAGCCCCACCGCUACGACAGGGACCUGGAGAUCAUCCUUUACCCCUGCGAGCCCCACCACCCCCACCUGGUGAUGGAGGACGGCACCAUGACGUACCCCGAGUACGAGGCUCACGUCCGGAGCCGCCGGGAUUACAUGCGGAUCGCCAGGAAGGACGGCAGUGGCGAGAGACAGGUGGCUUUUGUGCAGAAGCGUUUCCACAAAGACAUCUUCCCCAACCCCGUGCUGAUGCUGAACUUCUGCCCGGCGGCGGAGGGUGUCCCCGGGGACCUACAGAGCGUCACCCGCGAGGUCCUCUUCCUCGUCGACCGCAGCAGCACCAUGAGCGGCCCCGACCUUGACAAGAUGAAGGAGGCUUUGCUGGUGGCCCUGAAGAGCCUCCCGUCGGGGACGCUGCUCAACAUCGCUGGCUUCGGCGCCGACAUCAAGCCACUCUUCCCAUCCAGCCGCCUCUGCAGCAACGAGACGCUGCGGCGUGCCUGCGAGUACCUCGGCGGGCUGCGGGCAGACGCGGGCAGCACCAACCUGCUGGCAGCCCUGGGCUGGGCGCUGGCACAGCCCCUCCACCACGGCUACCCCCGCCAGCUCUUCCUCUUCACCGACGCGGCGGCGGGCAACACGGGCAGGAUCCUCCGGCUGGUGCGCAGGCAGGCCAGCACCGUCAGGUGCUUCAGCUUUGGCAUGGGCCCGCGGGCGUGCCGGCGGCUGCUGAAAGGCAUGGCCAAGGUGAGCCGGGGCCGCGCCGAGUUCUUGAGCCCGGCCGAGAGGCUGCAGCCCAAGCUGAUCAAGUCCCUGAAGAAGGCGAUCGAGCCGGCCAUCAGCGACAUCACCAUCGACUGGUACGUCCCUGACAGCAUGGAGGCUCUGCUCUCGCCCACCGAGCUCCCGGCCCUCUACCCCGGCGACCGCCUUGUCAGCUACUGCGUCCUCUACAGCAUCGCCCGCUUCCGCGACAGGCGCCCGCCGGGCUGGGAAGGGGCUCGCCGGGGCUCAGCCUUCCCCUUCCAGGAGGAGGUGCCCAGUCCCGGGGAGAGCCGCCAGCCGCCCCGGAGCACCCCGGGAUCCAGGGAUGCCUCCCUGGAGCUCUCCGCUGAGGGCACUGAGACAUCAGAGCGGAGUGCGGAUCCCAUUUCGGGGGGAGACAUCUGGAAGCGAAUUUACCAGCCCUCCUACAUCCAGGAGCAGUACGUCCUGACGCACUGCUCCGUCAGCACCGACCGCAGCCGGGGGCUGCUCUCCCGCAGCUCCACCAGCAGCGAGUCCACCGGCUCCCGGGACGUGGCCCCCGAGGGCGGCUCCUCGGCCCCCGGCACCGAUGCCACCUCGCAGCAGGGCCAGAAGAGCCUGUCCCUCUGCGAGUCCUCCACCAAGUCUGCCCCGCUGCCCUCCACCCUGGCUGGCACCAAGGUGACGGUGGCCCUGAGCAUGGAGGAGCUGGCGCGGCGGAAGAAGGUGCUGGCACGCGCCGCCCUGGCCAGCCGCAGCUUUUCCUCGCCGCACGGAGAGCUGGAUGCCCACCGGCUCUGCCAGGCCCUGGAGAAGGUGUCGCAGAAGAGGAACCAGUCCCUGGAGGGGCGGCUGGACGAGCUGGGACCCCGGGCACAGCGGCUGCAACCCAGCGCGGUGGAGUCAAAUAACCUCCUCUCGCCCACCCACCUGGACUGGGACAUGCUGGUGGAGCCCUCCUACCUCUUCAGCGCCUCGCCGGUGCCCGAGCCGGGGGAGCCCAGCCUGGGCGAUGCCAGCCUGCCCCUGCGCUGCCAGGUGGUGAUCCACGCGCUGCGAGCCGGCAAGCCGGUGUCCUGGGAAGUGACGGCCUCGCUGGAGUCGCUGCUGCAGCCCCAGGAGGGGCCAGGCAGGGAGGACCCUCCGCGGCGGGGGGGCAAGGCCUGGGACAAGCCGCUGCACCGCUUGGCAGCACACUCCGUCAUCCGGGAUAACGAGAACGCGGCGCAGAGGGAAGCCGAGCUGGAGCAGGGUUUCGCCCGCCGGUUUCGCCUGAAAGCCGUGCAAACCAGCAAAGCCUGCAACGUGCCUUCUCUCUACACCCGCCUGGUGCCUGUGGAUGGUGCCACACAGGCAGCCCUGCCCGCAGCCCCUGAGGUGUGGGGCACAGCUGGCUCGGCCAGUCGGCCACGAGCCGCCACGGAAGGGAGCUGGCACCGCAGGAGCUCCUUGGCAGGUCUGGGCCAGCAGCGGGAUGCGGAGGAGCAGGAUGAGGCCCCCAUCGCUGCAGAGCGAGACGAGACCCCUGGGUCUCCGGCCAGCAUCUCCUCCCCUACCUACGGCUGGGAAAAGCAGAACUGCUCGAAUGGGCCUCCGACCAGCCCCUCCACCACCUCCAUGGGCUCCCAGAAAUCCACAGAGAGCAUCGCUGGCUCCAGGUUUAGCCUGAGCAGGCGCAGGGGGCCCAGCCUGGCGCUGCGCCCGCCGUGCCUCAGCCCAGAAAGCGAGCACUCCAGCAACCACGCCAGCCAUGACUACCUCCCGCUGGUGCAGCUGCAGCAAGCCCAGGGGCCGUUCCAGCUCACCGAGAGCUUCUCCGAAGUGGUGCAGAUCCCCCUGGACCGCCUGCGCCGGGCCUCCCCCUACGCCUCCCACCGAGCCAGCCUCAGCCCCACAUCCCCGGGGGCCAGGAGCAGCCCCGAGGCAGGGCCCGGCGGCGAGGAGCCCGCCGCAGCCCCACAGCCCGGCUCGCCCCCGUCCCGGAGCACUUGCUCCGAGGUGCCCAGUGCAGCCGUGUGGGUGCAGGUGGACAGCGGGCACGGCUCCGAGUCCGACACUGGCCCCCACUCGGCCGCCCCCUCCGAGGCUGGCGUGAGCUGGCAGGACGUGGGGCCGGAGGACCUGGAGAGCGCCAGCUGGGCCACGGCGGUGGCCUUGGCGUGGCUGGAGCAUCGCUGCGCCGGCUUCUUCGAGGAGUGGGAGCUGGUGGCGGCCAAGGCGGACGCGUGGCUGCAGGCGCAGCGGCUGCCCGAGGGGGUGGACGUGGGCUGCCUCAAAGGGGCGGCCAGGCACUUGUUCCUGCUGCUGCGUCACUGGGACGAGAACAUCAAGCUGAACAUGCUGUGCUACAACCCCAACAACGUCUGACGGCCACCGGCGGGGCCAAUAAAGAUGCCUGGCUCCA